CCGUGGUAGGUUUUAGCCCCGGAGCCCUCUGUGGGUGGCCGCAUGCUUUGGGAGGCCCUCCUGCUUACUCCCUGUGUCCGUUUCUCCUGGCCAGAGCCUGGCUACCCAGUGGCCCCGCUGCUCCCAUGGAUCCGCUGAACCUGUCCUGGUACGAUGACGAUCUGGAGAGCCGGAACUGGAGCCGGCCCUUCAACGGGUCCGAAGGGAAAGCCGACAGGCCCCACUACAACUACUACGCCAUGCUGCUUACCCUCCUCAUCUUCGUCAUCGUCUUCGGCAACGUGCUGGUGUGCAUGGCCGUGUCCCGCGAGAAGGCGCUGCAGACCACCACCAACUACCUGAUCGUCAGCCUCGCUGUGGCCGACCUCCUGGUGGCCACGCUCGUCAUGCCCUGGGUGGUCUACCUGGAGGUGGUGGGCGAGUGGAAAUUCAGCAGGAUUCACUGUGACAUCUUUGUCACUCUGGAUGUCAUGAUGUGCACAGCAAGCAUCCUGAACCUGUGUGCCAUCAGCAUCGACAGGUACACAGCCGUGGCCAUGCCCAUGCUCUACAACACGCGCUACAGCUCCAAGCGCCGAGUCACCGUCAUGAUCUCCAUCGUCUGGGUCCUGUCCUUCACCAUCUCCUGCCCUCUGCUCUUCGGACUCAACAACACAGACCAGAACGAAUGCAUCAUCGCCAACCCCGCCUUCGUGGUCUACUCCUCCAUCGUCUCCUUCUACGUGCCCUUCCUCGUUACCCUGCUGGUCUACAUCAAGAUCUACAUCGUCCUCCGCAGGCGGCGCAAGCGGGUCAACACUAAGCGCAGCAGCCGGGCUUUCAGGGCCAACCUGAAGGCCCCGCUCAAGGGCAACUGCACUCACCCUGAGGACAUGAAACUCUGCACCGUUAUCAUGAAGUCUAAUGGGAGUUUCCCUGUGAACAGGCGGAGAGUGGAGGCUGCCCGCCGAGCCCAGGAGCUGGAAAUGGAGAUGCCCUCCAGCACCAGCCCGCCCGAGAGGACCCGGUACAGCCCCAUCGCGCCCAGCCACCACCAGCUGACCCUCCCCAACGCAUCCCACCACGGCCUCCACAGCACACCUGACAGCCCUGCCAAACCACAGAAGAACGGACAUGCCAAAGACCACCCCAAGAUUGCCAAGAUCUUUGAGAUCCAGUCCAUGCCCAAUGGCAAAACCCGGACCUCUCUCAAGACCAUGAGCCGCAGGAAGCUCUCCCAGCAGAAGGAGAAGAAAGCCACCCAGAUGCUCGCCAUUGUUCUCGGCGUGUUCAUCAUCUGCUGGCUGCCCUUCUUCAUCACCCACAUCCUGAACAUACACUGUGAUUGCAACAUCCCGCCCGUCCUGUACAGCGCCUUCACGUGGCUGGGCUAUGUCAACAGCGCCGUGAACCCCAUCAUCUACACCACCUUCAACAUUGAGUUCCGCAAGGCCUUCCUGAAGAUCCUACACUGCUGACCCUGCUGCCCACCUGCACAGCAGCCUGCUUCCCAACUCCCCGCCCAGCGGCCCUGCCUCGGGCCCUGGGAGCCGUGGGCCGGGUGGCGCAGGGCAGACUCGGCCUUCUCCUCGCCCGCAGGCCCCGCGGUGUUAGCUUGGCUCCACGGCCCUCACUGACCGCACACCCUCGCUCUGCCAGGGCAGUGCUAGAGAGCCAGGCACGGUGCCAGCCCUCGGGCCGGACCCCUGGCUCAGAGGCAGCUCACGGAGCCCCCUCCCACUUCCAGACGCCCUCUCCUUGGCACCAAAGACACAGCCGCCUUCUCUGACCUUUCUCUGGGGCUCUGGGGUUGCUGGGCCAGUGUCAAAGCUCGGAGGCCAUGCUGGCCUGGUCUUCACAGGCCUGCGCUGGAGCGGGCAGUGGGGAGCGAUGGACAGUACACACCCCUCAAGGCCCACACCAGGGAAGCCAGAGCUCUUGCCAAGGCCCCAGGCAACUUCAGGCCAGGGAGACCCAUGUACAUACCAGGUCUGGAUGGACCCCAGAGAAGCCCAAGCCAAAACUUCACCUCUUCUCCCACCUGAGCCUGGCAGGAGCUGCUACUUCCAUCCACAGCAGUGGGUCCCGACCUCACCCAGCUCCCCGUGAGGUUUCCAUACUCCAAGAGCCCAGGAGGGUCUGCGGGGAGAGGACCACCCCUACCCCAAGCCCACUCUGCUGCCCCCCUGACGGACGUGGGUGCCUCUCUGUAGCAAAUGUUGGGCCAACCUGGGAGAGCUGGCAGGGAAGGCGGGCACGUGACACGUCUGGGGCUUGGGUUGGGGGUGUCUGAGGUCCUUUGGGAGACUGCCCCUGACACCCUCUGCCGCAAACCACGUCCUUUUCUCUUCCUUUCGCCUCUCCGCUCUCCAGUCCUCUUGGCCCCUUUUCUUUCCACUGCCUCCGCCUUAGAGGAGCCCAUGGCUAAGCGGCUGCUGAAUACCGUUCGGCCUGCCCUGGCCCUGCCAGAGGGAGGAGGGGAAGCUGCACCUUGGGGGAGCCCCCAGGCCCCAAACUCUGUAACAUCACUACACAUGCUCCAAACUAAUAAAACUUUGACAAGAGUCACAUCCAGGGCCCCUCAAGCGGAGGGUGCAGUGUCACCUCCAAUCUCUGCAUCCGGUGUGGCCAAAGCUCCGUGUCUGUGCUGGGGGUCAGAGUUGGAGAGGCCUUCUGCAGACCCUCCAGAGAAGGUGGCCCUGGCCACCAUCAGAGGGUACAGGACUUUGGGGGAAAGGAGGAGAGGAGCUGCCCCAGGAGGGCCAAGGAGAAGACGUGUGUGCCUGUCUGUUUCUCCCCUCAUCCAGUCCUCUCCUCCCGAGAGGACCUGAGCGCCCUCAGAGCUGCUGUUGGGUGGUCCUGACCUUCAACCACCAGCCAAGAUGGAAGGGGAGAACGUUUCCAGUAGGAAUCCUGCGGCGUCCCCAAUGGUCCCCUAAUUGCCAGAGCAGCAGGGUCCUACCAGAGGCAAGUCGGGCUAUCCCCACUUUCCUUCUCCUCCUCUCCAGGUCCUGGCACCUCUGCAGGCCCAGUCCGUAGCCCUGCUCGCCCACCAGGGCAGAGAAGGCUCUGUGGGAAAGGUGGCCUUCGAGGUGCGGCUGUGCCCACGUCUGUGUCUGCCCCUUCCCCUGUCUCGCAUCAGGACCCCCUUCCUCUGGGGCAGGCGGGGAGGCCCUGCAUGAUGUGGCCUGGUGUCCUCCUGCCUCUUGGCCUCCAGACCAGUCACAGCUCCAAGCCUUCUGGGGCCACGACUUGGCACUGACCCAACAACAGAAAUUUGGCUUUUUAAAAAUGAAAUGUAAAUCAACCCCGUGAAGGAGGAAUAUUCUUACCACCUUGAGAAUAACAGCGGUGAUAACAAACAAGGUGCUGGCACCC